AUGUCAGGGACAGACAGGAAGUGAUGUCAGGAACACAGGAAGUACAGAGGAGACGUUGGUGGAAGUGACAGCAGAGAAGUUAACCAUCUACAGAGACACCCACAUAGAUCACAUGAUGGCACCAAUGAGGAUGGAGGAGGACCGGAGUCACAUGACUGAGAGGAUACUAAACCUCACCCUGGAGAUCAUCUACCUGCUGACUGGAGAGAGAUUUCCUCUUCUGAAGUCAGGUGAUCAUAUGACCAUCACAGUGCCUCCAUGUGACUCCCUAAAGCCUGAGAGACACAACAUGCAGAAGAUUCUAGAAGUCACCAAGAAGAUGAUGGAGCUACUGACAGGAGAGGUUCCUAUAAGGUGUCAGGGUGUCACUGUCUAUUUCUCCAUGGAGGAGUGGGAGUAUUUAGAAGGACACAAGGAUCUCUACAAGGACGUCAUGAUGGACAAUCAGCCGCCCCUCACAUCACCGGAUGGAUCCAGUCAUGGGAACCCACCAGAGAGAUGUCCCCGUCCUCUGUAUUCCUGGGAUUCCACACAGGAAGGUCACACCAUCCCUCACCAUCAUCAGAGUGGAAUCCUCGGGGAUGAUAAUAUUGAUGUUAAAGAAGAUAUAAAGAGGAGGAUGAGUAUGGGGGGAUGGAGGAGUUUUCAGAAGGACACAAGGAUAUGAUGGAGCCACCUAAUACCAGGAACCCACCAGAGAGAUGUCCCCAUCCUCUGUAUUCCCAGGAUUCCACACAGGAAGGUCACACCAUCCCUCACCAUUGCAAGAGUGGAGAUCCAAUCGAUAUAGAAUUUGAGGUGAAAGCAGAAGAAGAAGAGGCGUAUGUGAGGGAUGAUCAGCAGUCUAUGGAGGAGGAUGGAAUAACGGACAUUAUGGAGCCACCUCCUACCAGAGAUCAGCACAGAGCUCACACAGGGGAGAAGCCAUUUUCCUGCCCUCAGUGCAAAAAAUGUUUUUCACAAAAAUCCCAUCUACAAAUACAUCAUACAACAUACCACACAGGCGAGAAGCCAUAUUCCUGUCCUGAGUGCGAGAAAUAUUUUGUACAAAAAUCACAUCUUGUCACACAUCUGAGAGUUCACACAGGAGAAAAACCGUAUACCUGUUCCGAGUGCGGAAAAUGUUUUUCAGACAAGUCCUUUUAUCACAAACAUCAAAAACUGCACACGGGGGAAAAACCAUAUUCCUGUCCUGAGUGUGGGAAAUGUUUUGUAGAAAAAUCAAAACUUGUCAGACAUCAGAAGUCUCAUGCAGUUGAAAAGCCAUAUUCCUGUCCUGAGUGCGGGACAUCUUUUUCAGAGAAGUCCAGUCUUUGCAGACAUCAGAGAUCUCACACAGGGGAGAGAAGCCAUUUUCCUGUCCUGAGUGCGGGAAAUGUUUUUCACAUAAGUCCAGUCUUUACACACAUCAGAGAUUGCACACAGGUGAAAAGCCAUAUUCCUGUCCUGAGUGCAGGAAAUGUUUUUCAGACAAGUCCAAUCUUUCCAGACACCAGCGAUCUCACACAGGAAGAAGCCAGUUUCCUGUCCUGAGUGA